AAUGCUUUCAUCAGUAUGCCAGUAUUAAUUUACUUUGAAAGUACUUUAGCGGAAGAUGCUAUUCUCCUUGUUGCUAGCUUGACUGAAACAAACGCCAUUGUGACUGGCAGCAUCAACGGUCCUCCUCCUCCUCAGGCUGAGUUUGACAACAACAACAACAGAGGACGUGUUUUAUCCACCGAGAAUAAAGACAUAUCGGUGAAUAAAGACGCUUCAACUAGAGAAAUCUCCGUUUCAUAUUCAACUAAUAAGUCAGCUACCGGUUACUCUCACCUCCUAUUGAACAAAAUGGGGCGGAUCUUCUUGGAUCACAUCGGAGGGACUCGCCUCUUCUCCUGUGCUAACUGUGACACCAUCCUGACCAACAGAGCAGAGCUGAUCUCCACACGCUUCACUGGGGCCACCGGCAGAGCCUUCUUGUUCAACAAGGUUGUGAAUCUGCAGCAUAGCGAGGUGCAAGACCGAGUCAUGCUGACAGGAAGACACAUGGUGCGGGACGUCAGCUGCAAGAACUGCAACAGCAAGCUGGGCUGGAUGUAUGAGUUCGCUACCGAGGAAAGCCAGCGCUACAAGGAGGGCCGCGUCAUCCUGGAGAGAGCGUUGGUGAGGGAGAGUGAAGGCUUCGAGCACGUUCCCUCUGACAACUCCUGAGUUCACUUCGGUUCCCGCUACGAUGCUCCAUCUGUGCGUUCUACAGCUUUUCUUCCAGCAGCAGUGCAUGGACUUGCAUGGACAGUGUGCCAUUUGUGAUUAGAGCUACACCAAAAUGACAUCACAGGCUGGGUGUUCGCAGGAAGUUCAAACAAGAAGUGAUGGACAGUUUCUCAUAUCUUUAAACAUCAAAGGAUUUAAGAUGGGCAACACCAUUACUUGUCCAUCCCUUUAAAAUUGCCUGCAUUUUCAAUAUGUGCCCAACAGGUUGGGAUGUUCCUAAAAUGUGUAAGUGUGGUGAGAUUUUUGGCCGCUGUCAGAGGGAGAGGAUUCGCUCCUGCUGCCCUACAGGAAGCUCAGAUUGUUAUGUAGGGAUUUUGCUGGUAUUGGUCUUCUAAACAGAAGAUUGGGCCAGUUGAGACUGUUGAGUCUGAUUUAGAAAAGUGUAAAAAAAAAUCUUUGCAUUAAGUCACAAAGCCAUAUGCUGGAAAAAACAUUCCUUUUCUAGCAAGUGUUCAGGUGAGGCUAUGCUAGAAUUUUUUUUUUUUUUCAAAUACUUCAUAUAUUAGCUGUAUCCCCUAUUAUAAGUGUAAACAAAAAUUUAACAUUAAUUCUAAUAAUCAUCAUCAUCGUAAUGUGGAUGUUAUUAUCUUUGAACUAGGUAUCAGUUUUGGCCUAUAAAGAGCUCAAAUAAACCCCUCUUCAUUUUUACCUCAUGAUAAAUGAUGAAAGUAGAUCACAACGUGUUUCACAGUGGUGGGACGGAAGGCAACUUUUCUCUUUUGCAUGUCAACACUCGUGCUACAAAAGUUUUCUUCCAGCCACCUGAUUUAUUUCAGCUCAUUGCAACGUGUUCUCCUUCAUCUUUGUGGCCAUUCAACUUCAUUUUGUUCUAGUGAAUUUCACAGUGAUUUAUUUUCAGUUCUUCAAACGUUUAGAUUGACUAGUGGCAAAUUAUUUGAAUGAAACUUUGAAAAAUUAAUAAAUUCAAACGUAUUUAUUUAUUGAAAUCUGUGUCUUGUGUUACUGCAUGUGUCUGUCCAUAUUUAGAUGUUUAUUAUCUAUUGUAUCAUGCCUGAAGAUUAUCUUUUUAUUGAUUUAUUUAUUAUGUUUUUUUCCCAGUGCUUAUUAAUUUGACAUGGGAUCAUUCUUGUUGUAUUAUUAGCCUACAUAUUUGCGGUUACUAAUAGCCUAUUUUGUGUUUUUAUUAAAAAUUUAUAUUGGCAGUGUUGGCGACCUCCUGUAUCAUCAAGGUUACUUAAGUUAUACAAAAGCAAUUGUUUUAUGCAAUCAUGCCGAUGUUUAGUGACUGAUUACUCAUCAUUUUUGUUAUGGAAAUGGUUAAACACAAAGAUGACAUGAAUAUCUGGCAGAAAUGACAAAACCUUCAAAUUUGUUGGCAUACACUGACCUGAAAUGUAAACGGUGGACAAUCUACAAUGAAACAAACAUCUUUGCAAUGCAAUGCGAUACCUACAAUAAAUACUACCUUACUCAA